UGGCAUCCGGCGGCGGCGAGGCCCCGGCGGCGGCGGCGGCGCAGCGAGAGGCCCCGGUGCAAGCGGAAAGCCCGGCAGGAGCGAGAGGCCCCGACACCAGCGGAUACUUCCCCCGCCGUCCCCCGUGCCCGUCUGUCUGCUUCCCGUCGAGGCCUGUCCCGAGGGCGGCGGCUGCUGCUGGUGACAGCGUACAAAGGUGACCAGUAAAGUUCUCUCUGAGCAGCCAAAAAGCAGACAGCUCAUGACUUCUGAUCAGGACACUAAAGUUGUGGCUGAACCGCAGGUGCAGCAAGUACAAGAAGUUAAAGACGGUUCUCAUCUAGAGUCAACCAAGGUUUCCGAGUUAAACCCCAAUGCAAAGGUGUGGGGAAAUCAUAUGUUACACUUGGAAGCGAGUGGUGCCACUGAUGGUAGUGUGAGCAAAACGUGGGAAGAAAUACCUGACCAACCUCCAGAUUCUUGUAAAGAAGAACUGGAUGCCGGUGGUGAUGGUGACAAAAAGCAUCAGAAUGCAGUGGUGACAGAGCUGCAGGAGCCAUCACCAGUUGUUUCAGUGUCAGACCAGACAGAUAUGAACCCUUUGGCUCUUGAUCAUUCCGAGUAUGAGUCUAUGCAUGAAACCACCCAGACAGGUGGAAGUGAACAGUUGCAGCCAGAAGGGCAGGAAGAUUUACGAGAAUUACUGAAAAAAACACUGGAAUUCUGUUUAUCUAGAGAAAAUCUUGCCAGUGACAUGUAUCUUAUAUCACAGAUGGACAGUGAUCAGUAUGUGCCAAUAAUGACAGUAGCAAACCUUGAUCAUGUCAAGAAACUCAGUACUGAUAUGGAUUUGAUUGUCGAAGUGCUGAGAUCAUUGCCUUUAGUCCAAGUGGAUGAGAAGGGAGAAAAAGUCAGGCCAAAUCAGAAUCGCUGUAUUGUGAUUUUACGUGAAGUACCUGAAUCUACCCCUAUUGAAGAGGUUGAAGCACUUUUCAAAGGAGAUAAUUUACCUAGGUUUAUCAACUGUGAGUUUGCCUAUAAUGACAAUUGGUUUAUCACAUUUGAAUCAGAAGCCGAUGCACAGCAGGCUUACAGAUACCUGCGAGAAGAAGUGAAAACUUUCCAAGGAAAACCGAUUAAGGCAAGGAUAAAAGCAAAGGCUAUAGCUAUAAACACUUUUUUGCCAAAGAAUGGAUAUAGACCUCUGGAUAUGAACCUCUACACGCAGCAGCGUUACGCAACAUCCUUUUACUUACCUCCAGUAUACAGUCCCCAUCAGCAGUUGCCAUUGUACAGCUUAAUUGGUCCACAGGCCUGGUCAGCCACACACAGCUACCUUGACCCUUCAUUGGUAACACCAUUUCCAAAUGCUGGAUUUAUCAACGGGUUCACAUCUCCAACCUUCAAGCCUGCUGCUUCUCCAUUGACCACACUCAGACAGUAUCCUCCCAGGAACAGGAAUCCUAGCAAGUCUCAUAUACGACAUACAAUACCCAGUGCAGAGAGGGGACCUGGGCUUCUAGGCAGUCCUACAAUAUUCGACUUUUCUGCUGAUCGUUUAAUCAAUGGCGUCAGGAGUCCACAGACGCGGCAGCCAGGACAAAACAGGACACGAAUGCAGAAUGCCACUACGAGUUAUACCAAGAGGGAAGUGGGAACUGGACGGAUGGAGCAGACCAGCGUUGACUCGUCUCCUGGAUUAGGUAGAGGAAGGAAAAACUCAUAUGGAUACCGAAAGAAAAGGGAGGACAAGUUUACAAGAGGCCAAACACAGUCUCCACCACCCCCAAAACCUCCAUCUCCUAGCUUUGAAUUGGGUUUAUCUAGCUUUCCUCCAUUACCUGGGGCUGCUGGCAAUUUAAAGACCGAAGACCUUUUUGAAAACAGACUGUCCAGUGUGGUAAUAGGAACGACAAAAGAAAGAAACGUUAAUGUAGACGCAAGUACAAACACUAUUCCGUCGGGAAUUCCUCGAGAGCCCGUGUUGCCAGUUUCUUCUACAUUGCCCAGGACGUUUGAAAGGUCUCCUUCGCCACCCCAGUCUUCUGAGGACUGCAAGGUUGUGGAUAAACCGCAGAAAGAGACACAGAGCACAGAAAGGCUUUCUUCUUCCACACUCAGUACUGCAUGUAAAUCGGUACAAGUCAAUGGGGCUGCCACAGAACUUCGAAAACCUAGUUAUGCAGAAAUUUGCCAGAGAACAACAAAGGAUCCUCCUACGUUGCAACCCCAGAAAGACCAGAAGCCAAACACUGUAGCAUGUGGGAAAGAAGAAAGAAAGCCCACAGAAACAAUAGAGAAAAACAGAGAACCUCCUCCUGCAAAGUCACAUCCUGGACAACCCAAAGACCAGAGGAGACAGUCAGGACGCAGAUCGUCCCCUCCAGCUGUUGGCAAACGCUUAAACAAAGAACAGAGUACCCCUCCAAAAUCUCCUCAGUGAAACUUAACACCUGGGGGAUUUGAAAAGAGGUCUGCUUCCCACAAAUUAAACCCAUGUUCCCACUAAGAUACCUGAGAAUGAGUUGCUGGUUAGGAGCUUGCAGUGAUAGUAGGCAUAUAACAAUGCCUGCAAGUUAUUUUUCUGUGAAAUACUUUUUCCCCUCUUGAACAAACAUUCUAUUUUUCUGGAUAGUUCUGGAUAGUUGUUCUGAACCUUACAUUUAGGUUGGUGCUUAAUUGGAGGUGAAGCUUAGUGUGAUUAUUUCCUUUCAAGAUGUAAAAUAUUUGUCUUAAUGAAAAUCAACUUUUUAUUAAGCCUUGUGGCUGUGUGAGUGCAAGCUCUGUAUAGUAAGUUUUUUCUAAACUGUUAAGCAGAAUGUGCUGCUGCAAUAUUUUUAAUAAACUGGUCUGCAAGUACAUAUCUUAAAGUGUCCAAACGACUGAUAACGGCAGCUAGCGUUGUAGAGUACAAGGAAGUAGAUACAUUUUCCAAACUGGUAUGUGACCUUGAAGACUUUUUUUCUUUUUAUUGGGCUGCUGUACUAAGUGUCAGCAAACGAACUUGCACUUUUAGGUUCAAUGAGAGUUGUUUCUAGCAUUUUUAAGAAUUGACUCUUUUUUUGAUGUUUUGCACACACAAAAUGAAUCCUACGGAGCACCAUAGCAGUCUUUCUAAAAUAUUUCCUUUUGUGACUUACUGCAAGCAAGUAACCAUCUUCUCACUCCAGAGAAAAACUGAUGUUAUAAUUUGCAAAUACAAAGCACAUUGUGAAUAGAAAGAAUUAAGUCUGAGCUUCUAUGGUGGUGAAGCCUGUUAGUGGAUGUUAUCAGGAGAAAGCCCUGUAGCCUUCUUGUGAUAACCAUAGCUUCCCUGUGCUUGUAAGGGAGUUAACUGAGUCAGCGCUGUAUAUUCUGGUUACCCCUGUGCUCUGUGUAGGCUUUUUUUUAACCUCUGCCCCAAGUGCUCUUUGAAAGAGUUCAUAUCGUAGUCAGCCUUGUGUUGGCAUCUUCCUGUAACUACAAGCAUUGGCAUAUGGCUUUAAAUUUUUCAAGACGUGAGAUAAUGGUGUUUGUUUUGUGUGGUGGAGGAAGAGAUCCCUGAUGUUUACCUCUGGGAUGAGGUUUCUCACUUAUUUACUUUAGAAGUGAUGCGCUUUCUGAAGGACAAGGAUGCACUAAAUUAGCAAGUUUCUAAUAAAGUUGAAUAUAAAUUAUUUUUGUUUUAAAAUGCCUAAAAUUUUUCUUUAAGUGUUUAAACUGCAGGAAGUUCAGACAAAACUCAUUCCUGCUGACUAUGACAGUACAGUUUAUUCCACAAAAGUGUUUAUUUAAACAACUGAUUUUUUUUUAAAGAAUUAUUUCCAUCCAAUAUUUAAAGACUUGAAUUUUAUUUAAACUUGAAAAUGACUUUGCCUUAACUUUUGUACAAGACAGCUUAGAGUUAAUGAGGUCUGACCCCGUGGAGGGUUAGCGUGAGUGGAAUACAGAAUUACUCAGUUACAGUAUGUAUCUAUUGUCACUGGUCUUACUGGGUAAACAUACUGUAGUACAGGAACUAGCAGCAGUUUUUGUAAUAUACCUUAAAGAUCUUAAACAGUUGAUCUUUUUCAGAUUGUUGAAAAACCUGUAAAUGCAAAUAGUCAAUACUGUAUUAAAUAUGUGCACUUGGAAGUGUGUGCUUUGCUUGUACAGUUGUAAAUAAUCAGAACAUAUAAAAAGGUACCCUAAAGAAAAAAUCUGAUAAAAAUUAUUGAUAUUAUAAAUGUUGCUGUUGAGCUGGAUGUAGAUAAACUAAAUGUUGUGGUUUGAAUAUUACUUUAAUUUGUUGUUUUUUCUUUUUCUUAUUUUAUUCUGGUGUGCUGAACUGACUCUGCCUCUUCACUGCAAAAGGGAAAUGGAAUGAAAGUCUUAUUUGAAAGCCCUCAAAUGUUUUCCUAAGUCCCUAUAGAAACAAGUGAUUUAACCAAUUGAGAAGUGUUCUGCGAUGUAAAUAGUAAAUUUCAGCAGUCAAAAUGUAAUUUUUUUGUCAUUAAUAAAAACACAUUUAAUUGGGGAAAAAACUUUAGACUGCUAGAAAAAUAUACACUGAAGCCUACUUGUCUGCUUUCAAGAGUAUCAGUGCUUUCCUUAAUGUAUGAUUCAUAGAACUGUAAAAUAACUAUAGAAGUUGACUCCUGAUAAAUUUCCUAUUACAAGUAUCAAUUGGUAACUAGUUGACCUUUAAAAUCCAGCCUGUUGUAUGCUGCAGAAUAGGGCAUGCUGGAAUCUGUUGAUUGUUCUUGUUUAAAAAGAGUCAAUGCUAUGGGAGGAGAUAGAACUCUGACAACAUCACCAAAACCGCUCAGCUAGUUCUGUCAUUGGAUUUUUAACAUGUUUCUCCUUUCCCCAGUGGCAGUGGAAGUGGUGGCUAGAUUUGUGUAUGGUUUAGGCCAGCUGUAUGGUUCAUUUUGUUUGUCUGCUGCAAGUGAAAGGCUUAUCAGCUGCAAACAAUUGCAAGUGGUUCCUUACAGAGACUGUGUACAGCUAGUCAUGAUGCUCAACUGGUACCUACGGUGAUAUAUGGAGACCAGGGGGAUGUGUUGUACUGUUCUAAUGUAUUCUGCUGCCAUUUGUGCUAGGUCAAUACACUGUAAUUAUUGCUUGCCCAGCAACAGUCUGUUGCAUCGAAAGUUUAAACCUUCCUCUGAUGUGGUUUUUAUAGCUUUUUUAAAAGAAAAAAGUGACACACCAAAUAGCUGUGUAAUAUACAACUUAUCCGUACUGCAUUUUACUUUGAGAUUUUGGGGGUUUUCCGCUCAAUGACAAAAUGGAGUUUCUGGAGUAGAGUUGUGAAGUUGUAUGCAGACUGUUGCUACAAUACACAGAGAUUAAAAUGUGGCUUUUAAAAUGCAAAACCUCCCAAAAGCAGUAGCUGAGUUCAAGGUACAGGGAUACAGGAAUUAAAAUUGGCAUUUUACCUUGUUAGGAGUGUGUGAUGAUGCUUUUUUAGUUUUGAAAACAAGUCAGAAUGGGGUCUGAGACUCCUCUUCCAGUAAUUAUAGAACCAAAAAAACAAAGGUUGCUUUUAAAACUUAAUGUUUCAGAUCAGUCCCCCACCACGACGCUGUUGUUUGCCACUUAGAAAGCUGUGAACGGUGGCAAAUUUUUUACGUUGCUGCAUUAUCCUUCAUGGGCUCGAGCAGUUGGCAUAGAGAGGCCCUUGUUUGAGCGUGGUGCAGCAUAUCAGGAGCAACAGCUGACUGUAAUGGUGCAUACCUAUCUCUGUAUCUCCUCCAGCUAGCUACAGUUAGGGAUUCUUCUGUGCUUUGUAACCUAUUACACUAAUAGCAGCAGACAAUCGAAGACUUCUAAGGAGACCUAACAGCUGCCAAUUCAUGGAAUAGAAGUGUAAUAUGGGAGCCUUCUUGAGGGUUUUUGUUUUUGUUCUUCUUCCAUUAAGACUGGAAUCAAGCUUACAUGUAAACUAUCAGUAAUUUAAGUUUCCUUUUGUGUCAUAAAAUGUAAAACUGUCUAAUUUGAAAAAAUAUGUAGGUUAAGAAAAAUAAAGAUUUAGGCACUGUUGAA